UGUGCUCGCUUUUAUUAGAUCAUCGUCCAACGUUUCGUCGUCGCGAGAGAAGCGUCUACCAAAUCGCUAUAAAUUACACAGAUAAUCGCCCUUGGACAUCAUGUCUGCUUCGCAACAGUACUGCCUCCGAUGGAACAAUCAUCGCUCGAAUCUGCUGAACGUCUUCGAGGAGUUGCUGCACAACGCGGCGUUCACCGAUGUCACCCUUGCUGUCGACGACGGCAGGACGGUCAAGUGUCAUAAAAUCGUGCUGGCUGCAUGCUCGACGUAUUUCCAGACUUUGUUUCACCAACUGCCAGGCUAUAAUCACCACCCAAUAAUCGUUCUUAAAGAUGUUGGGUAUCCGGAGAUAAAGGCGAUAUUGGAGUAUAUGUAUCGCGGCGAGGUGAACGUGGCGCACGAACAGUUAUCUGAUCUGCUGAAGAUCGCGCAAGUACUGAAGGUAAAAGGCCUAGUUGAGGAACGCGGUAGCAAUACGCCGCACGAUAUUCGUCCUGAGGAUACAUCGGUAUCGCCACCACCCGCUAUCAGUACCAGUAAGCUCAGCCACUCGUCGCCGCCAUCUUAUUACUCCCUUUACGGGAACUCGGUCUCGCAAGAUCGUGGUUCAAGUCACCUGGCAAGUUCGUUACCAAGCACGUGGCUGCCGUUGCAUUCCACGGGUCAUCAGCUUCCAACGUCGCUCUCUUCCAUCCUCGGCGGAAGUGGUAGCAGCGGCAACAGUGGCGGGUCCUACGACAACGGUAUCGAAAUCUCGUCGUUCAAACGCCGGAAGCUGCUGCAGCCUCCAUCAGGCCUGCUGAUAAAUAAUGACACGCCGAUAUUGCGCACGGUACUUGGCCAGGCUCACGUUGACAGUUCGCAGCCUCUACCGCUGCUGCAACCGGACAGCCACGAACCAGUGAACUACCGCAACGCAAACAGCAACGGAUCCACGAACGACAGCGACAACCGCCGCAACAACGACCUGGCUCACGGUGAAACGACGGUCCAUGCCGAUGCCUCCUACGCAGACGAAGACGAAAGUCGACAACCGUCCCCGCAGUCUUACGCAGAUACUUCAAGAAAUUCAGCUGCCGCGGACUGUGUCCAGCCGAAACCCGAAUGGAAACGCUAUAAGCAAUACACUCGAGAUGACAUCGGCGCGGCGAUCGAGGCAGUAAGGAAAGGUAUGAGCGCCGUUCAGGCAGCGCGAAAAUACGGCGUGCCAUCGCGUACGCUUUACGACAAAGUGAAAAAGCUGGGCAUCCCUACAUCGCGGCCAUUCAAGCGCUCAGCAAGCAACGGAGGAAGCGGGGCUUGUUUCCCGUAUGGCAUCGGCGCCAACGUGAACGGCGCUCUUUAUGACAACAGUGCCAGCAGUGCCAAUGCUCUUUCCGAGAAUGAGAACGAGAGUAGCAACCUCAACGUGACUGAGAGCUUGGCCGGUACGAGUACCGCGGUUUUUGAGGCCACAUAUGCAAAGACGACGAAGGAUUCAUCGCGGGACCGCGGCGACUCAAUGUCGGAUUCGAUGGCCCGUUGCAGCUCGAGUCCGGUGAUACGUUGCGCUAAGCAAAGACAGCAGCAGCAACAGCAGGACCUGGACGAUCAAGUAGAGGACUUGUCGGUGAGUCGCAAAUCCGACGUUCCAGUGAUAAUACCGCCGUCCACUACGUCGACCCCGAUUAAAGACGAGGCGCAAGAAACAGGAUUGGACAAUAACGAUAGUGGCGAUUACAGUUAACUUUUACAGCCCAGUGAUGGAAGUAAUAAGAUACGAGUAGUUCAAUUUG